GCUGUUUCCUUAUUGUCAACAAGUGUAUUUAGUGUUCUGAAGUUUAAGCUCAAACUAAAUUGAAACUUAUAAAGUGUAUUGCAUAUCUUAAUCAAAUAAAAGCUAGUUAAGAAAAAACAUUUUAGUCGUUUGAAAUAUAACAUCUGAAAAAUUGUGAAAUUUCUCGGUUGAAGUAUAAAAUAACAAGUUUGAUUACGAGAGUAUCUUUCGACAUGUUCGAGCCAUUUUGAAUCCAAUUUUUUUGGUCAUAAGUAGAUCUCGAUAAAAAACUUGUUCGUUUGAUCUUCUGCGAAAUGCUGCAUCCUUUGCUAAACAUAAAAAAAAAACCCAAACUGUAUUAAGAUAUACUUAUGAUUUAUAGAUAAAGUCAAAAAGAUUCUAAUAGUUUCUUACAUCCUUAUCUUUUUAUUAGAAAUCGUUUCUUAUUUGUUUAGAUUAUGCCCUAAUGGAUCAUUGGAUCGAAUUGAUAAUGAUGGAUUUUAGUUUACUAAUGUAGAUAUUGAAAGUAAACCAUGCAUAGAAGUUCGUGGUUUAUGGAUAUUUAAAUUUGUUCAAUAUCCAUGGACAAUUUUAUUAAGUAAAUCUCAUCAAUCAAAAUUUUUUCAUAAUCAAGCAAAUCGUACAUCAAUACAAUCUGCUCCAUCUGAUUGGUCUCAUGUACCUUUUUUAAGACUGAUGCUUGAAAACAGUUUUUAUUGGUAUUUUAAUCAUCGUGAUGAUCCUGUAAAAAAAUCGAAUUUUAUUGCAUUUAUUCAAGAAAAAAAAACGUGA